CAAUCGACUUCCUCUCCAGAUUUUAGUUGACAACUUUUAUCUCCUCCAAGCAUAGAGCCAAAGAAUAGUGUUCCUCUUCAUUUCUCUCUCUCUCUCUCUGUCUCUCUGUCUCUCUUUCUGGUAGUUAGAAAUACCGAGUUUGAAGUUAUUGAUGUGAAUGAAUAGACUCUCGACAAUAAAAUCCAGUUUAAGAGAUGGGUAAUUGUGUUACAGUUCAAAAGAACUCACUGAACUCUGAAAUGAAACUUGCUGUCCAAAUUCAAUCACCCACUAAGCAGAAAACUACCAAAAUCGAUCAAAACACCGUUGGCCACCGUUUCUUGCCUCAAACGACAGAAAUGGGACAUGAGGCUAGUUUUCAAGACUUGAGUUUGAGUAGUAAAGAGGAAAUGUUUUUCGAUUCUCAAGCCUGGUUAGAAUCUGAUUGUGAAGAUUACUUCAGUGUCAAUGGUGAUCUUACCCCAUCUUCUGGCAACUCUCCGAUCCACCAUAAGAGCGCCAUAGAUACUCCUCAUCUGGAUAAGAUUGUUUAUACGGACAGCACACCGAUGCCAAAUUCCUUACCUGAACCAUCUCCUACGGAUAUGAAAAAACAACUGAUUGAGCUCUUCCGUGAGAGUUUCAGUGAUGGUUGUAGUGAUGGAGAUCAAAAUUUACAUGGUCAGCAGGAAGCCAAGCCAACUGUUUUUGACCUCCCUCCAAAAUCUACAAGUCCAUAUGAAUUAGUUCCAAAUUCUGUUUGCAAUAGUGAAAGAACUCCUUAUAGAGAAAUCUAUUCCAGGAAAGGGAAAUCAUCUCAAUACUCUCAGUGCUGCAUUCCAAGUUUGAUGCGCAGCCUGAGCUUUACUGAGAGGAAAAAAGGGCUGAGUUCCGCCAGUGCUUGAGGAUGGUAAGUGAAGCUCUUCACUUCUUUCAGAAGUUGUACUUCUAAACUAGUGUACCUGUAAGAAGCUAAAACCUGACAUCCUUUUCAGUUGUCUUUGUGAACAGAAAAUAGAGUUGAUCUAUGGACUAAGUUUUUUUUGUAUCA